AUGGGGUGUGUCUUCGGGAAACAGGUAUCGGCGAAGCCGGUAGUGAGGCAGGAGGAGUCAGAUGUGGUGGUUAGGGUUGGUAAGAAAGCGGAUAGUGGUGAAGUAAGGAAUGGAGGGAAUCGGAGGGAGAGUGAGGAGGAGGAGGAGGAGGCGGUGGCGAAGGAGAGAAAUGUGCGGUCCAGGGGUGAGAAGAGAGAGAGAAGACGGUCUUCGAGGCCGAAUCCGAGGCGUAGUAACCCUCCGAAGCAUGUUCAUGGAGAGCAGGUAGCGGCUGGCUGGCCUUCCUGGCUCUCCGCAGUCGCCGGAGAAGCUAUCAAUGGCUGGACCCCCCGCCGAGCUGACACCUUUGAGAAGCUCGAUAAGAUUGGGCAAGGUACAUACAGUAAUGUGUACAAAGCAAGGGAUUCGUUGACGGGGAAAAUUGUUGCAAUGAAGAAGGUUCGGUUUGACAAUUUGGAGCCUGAGAGUGUCAAGUUCAUGGCUAGAGAGAUUUUGAUUCUGCGGCGUUUGGAUCAUCCUAAUGUUGUCAAAUUGGAAGGUUUGGUGACUUCAAGGAUGUCAUGUAGCUUGUACCUUGUAUUUGAAUACAUGGAGCAUGAUUUGGCUGGACUUGCUGUGAGCCCAGGAAUUAAGUUCACAGAGCCACAGGUCAAAUGUUAUAUGCAACAGCUCUUAUCUGGGCUUGAACACUGUCACAACCGCCAUGUGCUGCAUCGUGACAUUAAGGGGUCAAAUCUUCUUAUUGACAAUGGUGGAAUUCUUAAGAUAGCUGAUUUUGGAUUGGCAUCAUUUUUUGAUCCUAAUCAUAAGCUGCCAAUGACUAGUAGAGUGGUCACCCUAUGGUAUCGACCCCCAGAGCUUCUUCUUGGGGCCACUGAUUAUGGUGUUGGUGUGGACCUUUGGAGUGCUGGUUGUAUACUAGCUGAGCUAUUGGCUGGAAAACCUAUCAUGCCUGGUCGAACAGAGGUGGAGCAACUCCACAAGAUAUUUAAAUUGUGUGGAUCCCCAUCUGAUGAGUACUGGAAAAAGUCAAAACUACCGCAUGCAACAAUAUUUAAGCCCCAGCAAUCAUAUAAGAGAUGUAUAGCAGAAACUUUUAAAGAUUUUCCACAACCAUCGUUGCCACUAAUUGAAACCCUUCUUGCAAUUGACCCAGCAGAACGAGGAACUGCUACUGCUGCAUUGAGGAGCGAAUUCUUUACAACCAAGCCUUAUGCUUGUGAGCCUUCUAGUCUUCCAAAAUAUCCCCCCAGCAAGGAAAUGGAUGCUAAAUUAAGGGAUGAAGAAGCAAGAAGGUUGAGAGGUGCUGGAAGGGCUAAUCCAGAUGGCAUAAAGAAAACCCGUCGUGAGAGACCUAUAAGGGGAAUUCCUGCUCCACAGGCCAACGCAGAGCUUCAGACCAAUCUUGAUAGGCGGCGUUUAAUAACACAUGCAAAUGCAAAGAGCAAAAGUGAGAAAUUCCCUCCACCGCACCAGGAUGGAGCCCUUGGUUACCCUCUGGGUUCUUCACAUCACAUUGAUCCGGUUUUUGAUCCCCCUGACGUCCCUUUCAGUUCCACAAACUUUGCAUAUUCUAAGGCACCUAUUCAAACUUGGUCCGGCCCUUUGGUGGACCCUGCCUCAAGGAAAAAGAAGCACAUUGCAGACGAUAGACAUACACAUUCAAGGUCUUCAAAGAAGGACUCGCAGGGAUGAAAAUUCUGGUCAACUUGAAGAUAAAUGAAGAACCGUGUUAUACUUUCUGGUAUUUUGUGAGAUUCUUGUAGAGGCUGCAAGCUUUUGCUUGAUUCUUUUGGGAAUCAUAGGUAAAGAGGUAAGCAAUUCCAUGCACAAGGCUCCCGCAGUGGGCAGCAUCGGGGACAUGCAGCUCAGCUAGAUUGCACGGAGAGGUAAAAUAUCGUUGUAAGUCAAUUUUCCAAUCCCUUAUUCAAAUUUUUGGUCUUUUGUCAAACGUGAGAAAGCUUCCCUAGUGUUGUAUAUGUGAAAAUAUUUCAUCGUAUUGGAAAACUAUCUAGAUUAAUGAAAUUUUUUUAAUAAGUUUGUUUCA